CUAUAAAUUUCACAAACGCCGUGGAAGCACAACCUCCUGUGAUUCUCGAUACAAACUCAGUCUCAAAUUCUAACCACAACACGUAAAUCAAGAAGAAGAUGGCAAACCAAGGUCAGAACAUUGGAUACAAGGCAGGCGAAAUGACGGGUCAAGCUCAGAUGAAGAAAGAGGAGUGCAUGGACCAUGCGUCCAACCAGUACCAGGCAACCAUGGACAGGAUCUCUGGCACCACCCCAAACUCUGGCUAUGACCUCAAAGGCCAGGCCACCACUUUCCUUCACCAGACUGGAGAGCAAGUGAAGAGCAUGGCACAAGGGGCAGCUGAAGCAGUGAAGAGCACUUUGGGAAUGAACAAUAAUGCCGACGCCGCCGAUGCCGCCAAAACCGUCAACCCUCCCAAUAAUCCCAGCUACCCCGCCAACAACCCCGCCUCGAGAGUUUGAACUUCUCUCGCCCCUAAGCCAUAUUAUUGAUAUAUUUCUCGUCUCAUGUUUCUAUUGUAACGUUUUUCCCAUAUCGUAUUGUCGUCCAUAGACGAUUUCUAGGGAAAUUGUAAUUUCUUCUUUGUUUCAUUCCGCUUGCUUAGAGGUCGGCCAAGGCCUUUAGAUUAAUUUGUCAAAAUCAUACAUCAUGUAUUACAUGAUAAAGGAUUGAUGGGCCAAAUUCUUUGUGGUGUCCAUCCAUAUGGUAUUGAGUUUCUUUUUA